GUCUCCCCGCAUCAGAUGGCGUUGUUUCAUCCGGUGCACUGGGUAGCAAGAUCCUUGUGGUAUUGUGAUCAGUUGACGUUGGACUGUUCUCUCCAGAUACAAUUUCUUAAAGACUUCUGCCCGCCAUGUCGGUCCUGUUUACCUCCAUCUCGCCGGAGAACCCCGUCAAGAAAGAAGACGCAAACCAACUCCUACAAGCCCUCGGCCUCUCCGUCCGCCCCGAAGAGGAAGACGACUUCCACACCCUCCUAGCAGCCGUCCAUGACUGCGCGGAAACCGUCUCCAAUCUUCCCGAUUACCAGCCCGUCCCCGAUCUGAAACGAUACCCUCGACAGAAUGUCCGACGUCCUUCUCCCGAAGAGCAGGCCUUCGGUCAGGCAUGGGCGCACAAGUUCUUCAUACAAGGCAAUCCGCACGGGGGCCUCCUGGCGGGCAAAACCAUUAGUCUCAAGGAUACGAUUGCCGUCGCGGGCGUGCCGCAGCUCCUCGGGAGCGACAUCAUCCCCUCCUGGACACCGGUCACGGACGCCACGGUGGUGACCCGAGCGCUUGACGCGGGCGCGGAGAUCCAUGGCACCUCGACCUGCGAGAACUAUUGCCACUCGACCUCGUCGUAUACUAGCGCGCAGGGAACUGUUGAGAAUCCUUUCGCCUCGGGGUACUCGUCUGGCGGGAGCACUUCAGGCGGUGCAGCCUUGGUCGCUGCUGGGCUGGUCGAUAUUACUAUCGGUGGCGAUCAGGGUGGAAGCAUUCGUGUGCCGUCCUCGUUCUGUGGUUGUGUUGGGCUGAAACCGACAUACGGGCUUGUUCCGUACACCGGGAUCGCGAGUGGAGAUGCGAUCAAUGACCACGCAGGUCCCAUCGCACGAAGUACUCUGGAUGUUGCACUGUGCUUGGACGCCAUCUGUGGCUAUGACGGGAUAGACGAUCGGUGUCUGGGCAGCCCUGCACACGGUUCGACCUCGUAUGCAGAGGGGCUCCGGAAUGGACCUGAGAGACUUGAUGGCCUCCGCGUGGGAUACUUGAAGGAAGGAUUCGAGCACGCUGCCGUGGACGCGGCAGUCAAACACGUUGUGAUGGACGCAGUAGGAAAACUCGCGGAGCUGGGUGCAGUCGUCGAGGAAGUGUCUAUUCCAGACCACUACCACGGGCCUGCCAUUUGGACCAUCCAGCAGCGGAUUUCCGGGUCAAUGACGCUGCUAGGCCAGGCCCAUGGCCGACGCGGUCUUCAUUUGACCGAGAUGGAACGCGAAAGACUCCCGUGGACGGCCGACGGCUUCGAGCGGGCGUUCCCCAGCACCAAGAACGUAAUCAUCAACGGCCUGUAUCUCACGACCAAAUUCCCCGAUCUGUACGGCAAGACCGUCAACAUCGGCCGGCGGCUCCGGGAUCUUUACGAAGAGGUCUUCCAGACGUACGAUGUCGUGGUGAUGCCGACGACGCCCACUGUCGCGCCCCGGCAUGGUUCACGCGGCCUGCCUGUCGAGACUCUCAAGCCCAGCAUGGGCCUCACGAUCAACACGGCCAUUUUUGACGUCACCGGACACCCCGCUAUGUCGAUGCCUGUGGGCUUUGCAACUGCAAAGGAUAAUGCGGCCCUUCGAUUACCAGUCGGGAUGCAGAUUGUCGGCGGACUGUGGCAGGAGGCUAAGGUUCUCCGUGUGGGACACGCAUGGGAACAGCACUAUGACUGGAAAAGCUAAGCGAGAUAUAGAAAUGCGUACUUGUAAACACAUGCCGUGGAAGGUACAAUGGCUGGUCA